GAAACCCAAAGGGAGUCAUGCUUACACAUGGGAAUGUUGUGGCUGAUUUCUCAGGCUUCCUCAAAGUGACAGAUGUGAGUUCAAACAGACUAUGGUGUCACAGACCCUUUCUUUGGAGAAAUUUGCCUUGCAUUUAUCUUGAGUAGGUGCUUUUCUCCCAUUUCUGUAACUAUAUUAGAGGCAAGGCUCACUAAAUUGCUUCAUGUCACAUAUCUUACAAGACGACACAAAUGUAUUUGUUUUUUGUGAGCUUGUGCAUCAUUUAUGUUUCUCAUUAACAGCAUAUUUUACAGUUUAGUGGUGGGAAACAAAUGGUUCUGAUCCUGUCUAACCACCGCUUCUCUUCCCCAUGCUUUUAUGGAAUACCACAGAAAGUCAUCUUCCCAAACCAAGACGAUGUUCUCAUCUCCUUCCUGCCUCUGGCUCACAUGUUUGAGAGACUCAUUGAGGUAAUGUCAAACAAACAAAGCCCCCGCUAAGCUUUCAGCUGUAUAAUUAUAGUUGGUGUGGGCGUGUGCUUGCUCCUCUUUGGCUGUGUGUGUGUGUACGUGCAUUUCCAGACCUGAAGGAUCUUGGCAGUUGCCCCUGCCCUGAGUCAUUAUUGACCUGGCUAUAUGUGAUAUUAAUUAUGCCAUAGCCAGUCAGCUAUUUAUUGAUACCAUAUCUGCUUCCACUGUAAAAGCUGGCUCAUAUAGUUAAGGGUGCGGAUUAUUUAUGCCGCUUCUAACAGCUACAGGAAACUUGAGUCCCAACUGGCACCAUAUGGUAUAUAAUUGGCACCCUUAACCUUAAUAUACUGCGCUACAAAGGGAAUAGGGAGCCAUUUGGAACACAAACUUGGUCUGUUGUUUCCUUUAGAUAUGGUUUUUACUGUCCCUAACUACUAAUUUAGGAUCAGUCACGAACUACACUAUUCUUUUGAGUAAUUACUGGACCAGCUAAAGCACUGAGGGGGUAAAGCAACCACACGGGUUCAACCAGCAUGCCUGUUUUGUCUCGCUGCAGUACGUGUUCUUCCGUUGUCAGCGUGUGAGAGGCAGACACAGACACAGGAAACAACCUCGCUUCGCCUCCAACACAAGCAGACAUAUGAUUCACGUUCACGAGAAUACACACAUCCAAACACUUAAUGCAUGUGAAUUAUAUGCAGCAAUGCUGCAGAUAUUUCUUUGAAAGCAGUAUCCAAAUCCAUUGGAUGUAGUGAUCACAAUAUAGUAGCUAUAUCUAGGAAAACCAAAGUUCCAAAGGCUGGGCCUAAUAUUGUGUAUAAGAGGUCAUACAAGAUGUUUUGUAGUGAUUCCUAUGUUGUUGAUGUAAAUAAUAUGUUGGUCCGUGGUAUGUAAUGAGGAGCAAACAGACACUGCACUUGACACAUUUAUGAAAUUGCUUAUUCCAGUUACUAAUAAGCAUGCACCCAUUAAGAAAAUGACUGUAAAAACUGUUAAAUCCCCGUGGAUUGAUAAGGAAUUGAAAAAUGGUAUGGUUGAGAGGGAUGAGGCAAAAGGAAUGGAAAAUAAGUCUGGCUGCACAACCGAUUGGCAAACGUAUUGCAAAUUGAAAAUUCAUGUGACUAAACUAAAUAAAAAGAAGAAGAAACUACACUAUGAAACAAAGAUAAAUGACAAAGAAUGAUAGUCAAAAGCUUUGGAGCACCUUAAAUGAAAUUUCUGGGGGAAAAGGCAAACUCAGCUCCAUCAUUCAUUGAAUCAGAUGGCUCAUUCAUCACAAUACCAACUGAUAUUGCCAACUACUUGAAUUAUUUUGGGGCAAGAUUAGCAAACUUAGGCAUGACAUGCCAGCAACAAUUGCUGAGACUACACAUCCAAGUACAGUUGAAGUCGGAAGUUUACAUACACCUUAGCCAAACACUUUUAAACUCAGUUUUUCACAAUUCCUGACAUUUAAUCCUAGAAAGAAUUCCCUGUCUUAGGUCAGUUAGGAUCACCACUUUAUUUUAAGAAAUGUGAAAUGUCAGAAUAAUAAUAGAGAGAAUUAUUUAUUUCAGCUUUUAUUUCUUUCAUCACAUUCCCAGUGGGUCAGAAGUUCACAUACACUCAGUUAGUAUUUGGUAGCAUUGCCUUUAAAUUGUUUAACUUGGGUCAAACGUUUCAGGUAGCCUUCCACAAGCUUCCCACAAUAAAUUGGGUGAAUUUUGGCCCAUUCCUCCUGACAGAGCUGGUGUAACUGAGUCAGGUUUGUAGGCCUCCUUGCUUGCACACGCUUUUUCAGUUCUGCCCACACAUGUUCUAUAGGAUUGAGGUCAGGGCUUUGUGAUGGCCACUCCAAUACCUUGACUUUGUUGUCCUUAAGCCAUUUUGCCACAACUUUGGAAGUAUGCGUAGGGUGAUUGUCCAUUUGGAAGACCCAUUUGCGACCAAGCUUUAACUUCCUGACUGAUGUCUUGAGAUGUUGCUUCAAUAUAUCCACAUAAUUUUCCUUCCUCAUGAUGCCAUCUAUUUUGUGAAGUGCACCAGUCCCUCCUGCAGCAAAGCACCCUCACAGCAUGAUGCUGGCACCCCCAUGCUUCACGGUUGGGAUGGUGUUCUUCAGCUUGCAAGAUCCCCCUUUUUCCUCCAAACAUAACGAUGGUCAUUAUGGCCAAACAGUUCUAUUUUUGUUUCUCCAAAAAGUACAAUCUUUGUCCCCAUGUGCAGUUGCAAACCGUAGUCUGGCUUUUUUAUGGCGGUUUUGGAGCAGUGGCUUCUUCCUGAGCGGCCUUUCAGGUUAUGUCGAUAUAGGACUCGUUUUACUGUGGAUAUAGAUACUUGUGUACCGGUUUCCUCCAGCAUCUUCACAAGGUCCUUUGCUGUUGUUCUGGGAUUGAUUUGCACUUUUCGCACCAAAGUACGUUCAUCUCUAGGAGACAGAACGCGUCUCCUUCCUGAGCGGUAUGACGGCUGCGUGGUCCCAUGGUGUUUAUACUUGCAUACUAUUGUUUGUACAGAUGAACAUGGUACCUUCAGACGUUUGGAAAUUGCUCCCAAGGAUGAACCAGACUUGUGGAGGUCUACAAUUUGUUUUCUGAGGUCUUGGCUGAUUUCUUUUGAUUUUCCAAUGAUGUCAAGCAAAGAGGCACUGAGUUUGAAGGUAGGCCUUGGAAUACAUCCACAGGUACACCUCCAAUUGAAUCAAAUGAUGUCAAUUAGCCUGUUAGAAGCUUCUAAAGCCAUGACAUCAUUUUCUGGAAUUUUCCAAGCUGUUUAAAGGCACCGUCAACUUAGUGUAUGUAAACUUCUGACCCACUGGAAUUGUGAUACAGUGAAUUAUAAGUGAAAUAAUCUGUCUGUAAACAAUUGUUGGAAAGAUUACUUGUGUCAUGCACAAAGUACAUGUCCUAACCGACUUGCCAAAACUAUAGUUUGUUAACAAGAAAUUUGUGUAGUGGUUGAAAAACGAGUUUGAAUGAUUCCAACCUAAGUGUAUGUAAACUUCCAACUUCAACUGUAUAUCUGACCAAAUUAUGAAAGACAAGCAUUGUAAUUUUGAAUUCAGUAAAGUGAAUGUGGAAGAGGUGAAAUAAUAAUUGUUGUCUAUCAACAAUGACAAGCCACCGGGGUCUGACAACUUGGAUGGAAAAUUACUGAGGAUAAUAGCGGACGAUAUUGCCACUCCUAUUUGCCAUAUUUUCAAUUUAAGCCUACUAGAAUGUGUGUGCCCCCAGGCUUGGAGGGAAGCAAAAGUCAUUCCACUACCUAAGAAUAGUAAAGCCCCCUUUAUUACUGGCUCAAAUAGCCAACCAAUUAGCCUGUUACCAACACUUAGUAAACUAUUGGAAAAAAUUGUGUUUGACCAGAUACAAUGCUAUUUUACAGUAAACAAAUUGACAACAAACAUUCAGCAUGCUUAUAGAGGACAUUCAACAAGCACAUAACUUACACAAAUGACUGAUGAUUGGCUGAGAGAAAUUGAUGAUAAAAAGAAUGUGGGGGCUGUUUUGUAAGACUUCAGUGCGGCUUUUGACAUUAUCGAUCAUAGUCUGCUGCUUAAAAAACUUAUGUGUUAUGGCUUUACUCCACCUGCUAUAUUGUGGAUACAGAGUUGCCUGUCUAACAGAAAACAGAGGGUGUUCUUUAAUGGAAGCCUCUCCAACAUAAUCCAGGUAGAAUCAGGAAUUCCCCAGGGCAGCUGUCUAUGCCCAUUACUUUUUUCAAUCUUUACUAAUGACAUGCCACUGGCUUUGAGUAAAGCCAGAGUGUCUAUGUAUGCGGAUGACUCAACACUAUACAUGUCUGCUACUACAGCGACUGAAAUGACUGCAACACUUAACAAAGAGUUGCAGUUAGUUUCAGAGUGGAUGGCAAGGAAUAAAUAUUUCUAAAACUAAAAGCAUUGUAUUUUGGGACAAAUCAUUCACUAAACCCUAAACCUCAACUAAAUCUUGUAAUAAAUAAUGUGGAAAUUGAGCAAGUUGAGGUGACUAAACUGCUUGGAGUAACCCUGGAUUGUAAACUGUCAUGGUCAAAACAUAUUGAUACAACAGUAGCUAAGAUGGGGAGAAGUAUGUCCAUAAUAAAGUGCUGCUCUACCUUCUUAACAGCACUAUCAACAAGGCAGGUCCUACAGGCCCUAGUUUUGUCACACCUGGACUACUGUUCAGUCAUGUGGUCAGGUGCCACAAAUUGCAAUUGGCUCAGAACAGGGCAGCACGGUUGGCCCUUGGAUGUACACAGAGAGCUAAUAUUAACAAUAUGCAUGUCAAUCUCUCCUGGCUCAAUUUGGAGGAGAGAUUGGUUUCAUCACUGCUUGUGUUUAUGAGAGGUGUUGACAUUUUGAAUGCACCGAGCUGCCUGUUUGAGCUGCUGGCGCACAGCUUGGUCACCCGUGCAUACCCCACAAGACAUGCCACCAGAGGUCUCUUCACAGUCCCCAAGUUCAGAACAGACUAUGGGAGGCGCACAGUACUACAUAGAGCCAUGACUACAUGGAACUCUAUUCCACAUCAAGUAACUGAUGCAAGAAGUAAAAUUAGAUUUAAAAAACAGAUAAAGAAAACACAUUAUGGAACAGCGGGGACUGUAAAGCAACACAAACAUAGGCGCAGACACAUGCAUACACACACACGAUAACAUACGCACUAUACACAUACGUACACAUCUGUGAAUGUAUUGUAAUGUUAUUAAAAUUGUAUGAACUGCCUUAAUUUUGCUGGACCCCAGGAAGAGUAGCUGCUGCCAAGGCAGCAGCUAAUUGGGAUCCAUAAUAAAUACAAAUACAAAUGUAAACACCCACAACAGGAACAGCUCAUGUUCUCCGUGUAGAACUCUGUGAAUAGGCUAUGGCAAUGCCUAUGCUGUGCUAUUCCUAGGGCAGCCGGUAGCCUAGCGCUUAGAGCGUUGGGCCAGUAACCAAAAGCUUGCUGGUUGAAUUACCCGAACCGACAAGGUGAAAAAUCUGUAGAUGUGCCCUUAAGCAAGGCGCUUAACCAUAAUUGCUCCAGAGGUGCUGUACUACUAUGGCUGACUUUAUAAAACAACACAUUUCACUGCACCUAUCCAGUAUAUAUGACAAUAAAACAUUUAAACAUGUAUGCCACAUACAGUAUUAUGAUCCCUGCAGUCUAUUAUGCAAAUCAAGUCUGUCAACACGGAGAAGAAGAAAAAAGGCGGUCCCUGCAGAUCCUUUCCCCUGCAGAGCCUUUCCCCUGCAGAUCGUUGUUUUUUUGUUUUUUAAUCAUUUGAAUAAUCUUUUAACACAGACUUAACACCUAAAAAACACUUUGUAUUUUUUUUUUACUCAUAACAUAGGCAAGGCCCUGUUGUUACCUAAUUUCCUUGCAUUACGCCUGGGAAGAAAACACUUCAAUUUUCUUAACUUGCCAUUGGCUCACUUACCCCAAGGCAAACAUUUUGACUAUAUUAUCCCACACAGCUACAAGGAUGCACUUUCAUGCAAGGUUUAGGACUUCAUAUUGAAGCUUAUAGAGAUCCCAACUGAUGUAUAGAACAAUCUUUAAAUUAUCUACAUUGAUUUACAUACAAGUAUCAUAAAACCUCUAACACAAUAAAUUCAUUUGACUUGGUGAAAAUGACUUGGUUUAAAUGUAUUUAGGACCUAACUUGCUUAACACUUUUUUCCAUGUGGUUUCUUCCUCCACAGACUCCAUGAAAUGAUGACCUCUUCCUAAAUAUUUGGUCAAAUUAUUAAUUUUGUGUAUGGUUUCCUAGAAACAAGGGUGGCUCAACUUACCCCUUGGGUCAACUUACCCCUACUGUAUGCAAUAACUGCUUUUUGACUCAAUGACUCGGUUUUGUGCUAUUUCUCUCUAUUUCCCCAGUCUGUGGUGUAUUGUCAUGGUGGCCGGAUCGGCUUUUUCCAAGGCGACAUCCGCCUGCUGUCUGAUGACAUGAAGGCCUUACGGCCCACAAUUCUCCCUGUGGUACCACGAUUGCUCAACCGCAUGUACGACAAGGUGAGAGAACCACCUACCCACAUACACACACACCUCCACUCAUUCUCCAUAUUUUAUGUCAACUCACCCCCUCUCUCGUGUGUGUGUGUUCCACAGAUCUUCAGCCAGGCCAACACUCCAUUGAAGCGCUGGCUGCUGAACUUUGCAGCCAAGAGAAAAGGGGCAGAGGUCAGCAAUGGGAUCAUCCGCAUGGACAGCCUGUGGGAUAAGAUAUUCUUCAGUAAGAUACAGGUAUCCACCUCACCACCUCCUCUUCUCCCCAUGAGUGGCCUGAUACGGUUGAUGUAUGUAUGGAUAGAUGGACGGAGGGAGGGAGGGACGGACGGACGGAUGUGAAGAUUGAUAUAUAGAUGUGUGCUGUGUGUGUGUUCAGACAAUAAAGGGGGUAUGUCCCCAGUGUGACCCUUUGGCGGUGUUGGGAGGCAGAUUUUUGGUGUGUUGUUGGAGUUUAGGUUGUGAUAGUAUUGUGUACUGUUGGCAGGCCAGCCUGGGUGGGAGGUUACGUAUGAUUAUAACUGGAGCUGCUCCGGCCUCCCCCGCUGUACUGGGAUUUCUCAGGGCAGCACUGGGUUGUCAGGUGAGUGACACACACACACAUGUAUGAGUGCAUAAACACACACAUGCACACAUGCACGCACACACACAAACAGACACACACACAAGAAUGUGCACAUACACAAACACAUGAACACGCGUGCACACAGACACACCACACAAACCGUCAGUCUCAUUAUAUCACAUCCUCCUAACAUCCUGUCUAUCCUUGCUGGCUGUAGGUGUAUGAGGCGUAUGGCCAGACAGAGUGUACUGCUGGCUGUACUUUUACCACUCCUGGAGACUGGACCUCAGGUUAGCUUAUCUUCCCUCUCCUCUUCUACUCCAGCUGCUCCACUCCCAGGUCACCCAACAAACCUUAUAAUAUGGGAUGCAUCCCAAAUGGCACUUUAUUCCCUAUAUAGUGCAUUACUUUAGACCAGAGGCCUAUGGGCCAUGGUCGAAAGUAGUGCACUAUAGGGACUCGGGCCCUGACCAAAAGUAGUGCAUAUGAAGGGAGCCGUUUGGGACACACCCCUACUGUAGGCCAGGGAAUAAGAAUACCUCUAUGACAGGGAUGGGCAACUAAUGGGGGUGGUGGCCACAAAAAAAAUUCUCAAACAUUUUAGUGGCCCCCCAUCUUGACAGCGGAUAACUUUUUUCUUAAUUUUGUGCAAUUCUACACAUUUUUGCCAUGGGGUGUAAAGCAGUGGUUCUCAACUGAUUGUGCCUCAGGACUCAAAUUGAACCAGCUUGUCUCAGUCGCGACCCAAUAUUUGCAUCCCAAUUUUUUUGGCCCAAAAUGCAAUCUGGAAAAUAUAUUUCAUGCUAUAUUCCCACCUUUUUCAUUGUCAAUAAUUCAAUUUUGCCCAUAUUCUUGAUGAAGAAUGUUAAUAAGCUCACUGAUUUGAGACCACAAAAUAAACCAAAUCCGCUAAAAGGCACUGCUAAUACUGUAAUUCUAUAUUUAAAAAACUGUGAUUUAAUUAUUUAAAAAUGUACUGUAGGUUAAAUUAUAUUUUAGUUGUUUAAGUUCAGACUGGAGUAUUUUUCCGUAAAAAUAAUAAUAAUACAAAUAAAUUACUCAAGAGAGUCGCUGUUUUUGAGAAAAUGUUGCAGUUUUAACCCAAGUUUGCUGCAACUUUACUACACGUUUUGCCUUGGGGCAGAGAGGAAAAGGAGCUGUUUUACAGCUAAUUUCCUACAAUUCUACAGAUUUUGCCAUUGGGUGGAGAGAAAUGUUAGCAGUUUUUUAUAUGAUAUCUGAGUGAGACUGACUAACAAAAUCAAUGGGGGCCCCACGGACGGUAAUUCGACCAUGAUAACAAGUUCAGAUAGUUGGCCGCUAAAUUAAUUUAGCAAUCUAAAAAGAAAAUGCUGACAUGGGCUUAUUAACUGACUAUCAGUGACUGACUGAGAGAAACUGCUGAUGCGCAUCCGAAUUUCAAAAUUGCACUUUGUGUAUUCUACUAUUCUAACUCGCAACAGUAAGUUGAGACCCCGACUGACUUCCAGUUGCCCAUCCCUGCUGUAGGACAUCAGUUUACAGUCAGUUCUAGCCAACGCCUGUAUUUGGUAUUGAUUAGGAUCCCCAUUAGCCGCUGCAAAAGCAUCAGCUACUCUUCCUGGGGUCCACAUGAAACAUUACAUAAUACAUAGUACAGAACAUUAUUAGUCAAGGACUGAUAUACAUCAAUUGAAAAUGUCACACAUAGCCUACAUAUCAGUACAUACACACAAUAUCUAGGUCUAAUACGUAGUACAGUGCAAAUUACAAUACUAUAUAUAAAAUGGCUGUGUCUCUUCACAGUCCCCUUUGUUUUUGAAACUGGUUUUAUUGCUAGCUUGAGUUACCUGGGGUGGCAGAGAGUUCCAUGUAGUCAUGGCUCUAUUUAAUACUGUUCGUUUUCCAGCCUCUGUUCUGGACCUGGGGACUGUGAAGAGACCUCUGGUUGCAUGUCUUGUGUGGUACCGAUGAGUGUCCGAACUGUGUGCCAACUGCUUGAACAGACAGUUCGGUACCUUCAACACAUCAAUACCUCGCACAAAGACCAAUAGUGAUGCAGUCAAUCUCUCCUCAACUUUGAGCCAGGAGAGACUGACAUGCAUGUUACUGACACUUUCCCUCCGUGUCUGGUCGACUGAGAUGUGAAGAAGGACAGCGCCCUAUCAUGGACAGACCUCUUCCCAUUUUCGCAACCAUUGAGUCUACAUGUUUUGACCAUGACAGCUUUCUAUCUAGGGUUACACCCAGCAGUUUAGUCUCCUCAACUUGCUCAAUAGCCAUAUUAUUCAAUAAUAGAUCUAAACGAGGUUUAGCGUUGAGCGAGUGACUUGUCCCAAAAAUUAUGCUUUUAGUUUUUGAGAUAUUUAGCACCCAUUCUAAAAUUGACUUGAGCUCUAUGUUAAGUGUCUCAGUUAUUUACUUUACUGUUGCAGCCGACGUGCGUAUGUAACCGUGUUGCUUCCGUCCCUCUCCUCGCCCCUACCUGGGCUCGAACCAGGGACCCUCUGCACACAUCGACAACAGUCACCCUCGAAGCACCGUUACCCGUCGCUCCACAAAAGCCCUCUGCAAGGGAAACAACUACUUCAAGGUCUCAGAGCGAGUGACGUCACCGAUUGAAAUGCUACUAGUGCGCACCGCUAACUAGCUAGCCAUUUCACACCGGUUACAUAUACUGUUGAGUCGUCAGCGUACAUAGACACACAGGCUUUAUUCAAGGUCAGUGGAAGGACAUUUCUAAAAACAGAAAACAAUAAUGGCUGCCCUGCACUACACCACACUCAACUGAAUUUGCAUGAGAGAGGCUUCCAUUAACAAAAACCCUCUGUGUUCUAUUAGAUAGGGAACUCUCAAUCCAUAAUAAGACAGAGGAUGCAAAUUUUUUUCAUCAAUAGGUUAUGCUCUGAAGUGUAACAAAACAGUUCCCACAAUAGUCUUACUAUCAAUUUCUUUCAGCCAAUCAUCAGUCAUUUGUGUCAGUGCCGAGCAUGUUGAGUGCCCUUCCCUAUAAGCAUGCUGAAAGUCUGUUGUUCAUUUGUUUUCUGUAAAAUAUAAACACCUUAUCCUGCACCACUGGGUGAAAUCUCCAAUUUGACUAUAGCGGAAACAAAAUACGCAGGGAACACCCUGCGUGUUGGGAACACAUUAUCGUCUGACUCACUGUGGCUUCUGCUGACUGAUGCCAAAAACAACAACGCCCUCCAGGUCCUCAGGAGAUAGUGUUAGUCACAUGCUUUCAGCCUCACACACACACACAACCUUUGAGGUGCUAUGUUUUUUGCUCUGUGGCUAUGGGCUGCAGGUGCCACCUUUCUGCAGCGUGCUGCUCAGACGCCCAAAUAGGACCACAACCAUUUCCCCUCUGUAAGGUGUGAGAACAGGGGUGAUGGGUCGGGAGGCCUGACUAGAGUAGGGUCAAAGACCUGUGGAUCACAGGCAGUAUUUACCCACGCACUAUGUUGUUGUUAUGUGUUUUACAACAGGUUGGCAGUUACGGUAUGAUAACCCAAGCAUGCCACAUACACUUUAUUAUCUCGGUGAAACAGCCAUGGCCAAAGGUUACACCGGGAAAGUAUUGAGCUCAGUACUGGUGGUUUAAUGGUUGUUAGAGGAACUGAAACACCUAACCCAUUAAACCCUGGGUACGUCCCAAAUGGCACCUAUAUAGUGCACUACUUUUAACCAUGCACUAUAUAGGGAACAGGGAGCCAUUUGGAACGCAGCCGUCAAUCAUCUCCUGUCAGACUGGUAAUGUCAUUACAGGCUCUUAUUAUUUCAUGAUGCAGAACUUGCUAUUGUGGUUACCAGCGGAUAGUUCCUUUCUUCUAAGGACAGAGCAGGAGUGUAUCAUGUUAUUCAAAAAGUUCAUGAGUUCACUCUCAUAAUAAGGGUGCUUCCACCAACGGGGUAGCUUACUGUUAGUUUGGAUCAGACAACUGAAUUUGUUUUUUUAUUUAUUUAUUUUAUUUUUUAUUUAUUUCACCUUUAUUUAACCAGGUAAGCCAGUUGAGAACAGGUUCUCAUUUACAACUGCGACCUGGCCAAGAUAAAGCAAAGCAGUGCAAUAAAAACAACACAGAGUUACAUAUGGGGUAAAAAACAUAAAGUCAAAAAUACAACAGAAAAUAUAUAUACAGUGUGUGCAAAUGUAGCAAGUUAUGGAGGUAAGGCAAUAAAUAGGCUAUAGUGCAAAAUAAUAACAAUAGUAUUAACACUGGAAUGCUAGAUGUGCAAGAGAUUAUGUGCAAAUAGAGAUACUGGGGUGCAAAAGAGCAAAAUAAAUAACAAUAUAGGGAUGAGGUAGUUGGGUGGGCUAAUGUGUGACACAACAUCAGACAAAACUGAAUCAGGGGUCUCAGGGGAGAAUAACAAUUCAAGAUCAUCAGAUACUCUAGAAUUGGUCUUUGGUUUUGUGCCUUGCCAUGCUUUUAUGUUUAGCAAGUAUGGAGAAACGUAUGACUUCAACUAUUGUGCAAGCCUUAUUGUCAAACACCACUAGGUUUUGCCUAUUUCCACUAAAAGAAAUGUGUUGCUCAGAUGCACACUGGGCUAACAAAGGGAAGGGGCCCGUCACAAAAACAUACUAUAGUCCUUCUCUAGGUUAAGACCUCUGGGGACUAAAGUAUCUAAGGGAUGGAUCCAGAACAUCUCUCUGGGCUGUCGGUGUUUGCCAACGUCGCUACCGCGUUUGUUUUUGCUAACUUGUUCAAUUCCAAAAUAAAAUAACUCACAAAGCAAGUGUCCUCUUUUUUUAUUUUUUAUGGAGGGCCACUGGGCAGUUGGGGUCAGCACUUCAAAUGGCACUUCGCUGCUCACACAUUCUAGUGUGUAACUCCCUUGAGGUCUCGCCUAUGUAAAAUAAGUUGCACAGGCAGCGAAUCGCAUAGAUCACAUUGCGAGAAUUGCAAUUGAUGGUACCUUUGAUCUGGGGUGCAGGAAACCUUUCAUAUGUUUGGUGUACUGGCAUUGGGUACAAUUGCCACACUUGUAGUUGUCAGGAGGAAUAUGUAGGAUGCUGGUUUUGUUUGCGCUUUAGCUGACGUCGGAUCGGACAACAUUGUCUUUAAUGUUUUUAGCACUAUGGUAAGCAGUCAUGGGAGGCUGCUAAAAUGUAUUAACUAGAGCUGGGCUUGAGCAUAGAAUGUACCAAGGGUUUUUUGAUGAUGCCUAGGAGUUCUGGACUUUGCGGGGUGUAGGUAGUGACCAUUUGGAUGGAGGGUUUAGCUCUAGGGCUUCUGGGCUUGCUCAGUAGCUGUGCACUAGGAACAUCCAUGCUUUCAGCUUGGUUUAACCAUGUGUGAUUGUAGCCCUUUGCUCUGAAUCUGUCUGAGUUCAGACCUCCCUCGCAGGUGUCCUGUAAUGGAAUUCAGAAAUUGGUGAAAGGACAUCAGGGAGUUUAGGUCACCCUUGUAGACAACAAACAUGUCAUCAAUGUAGCAUUUCCAAACGAUCAGGUUCUUGUUUAGAAUGUGAACAUUUUCAACUUACCUGAAGUGCAGGUUAGUGAAGUUGGUUGCCAUCCUUGUGCCCAUGGCAUUCCUGCUACACUGCAGGAAGUAGGCGUCGUCGAACUUCAAGUCGUUUUUGGUGAGCACCAACCUCACGAGUUCAGCUAGGAAAGAAGAGGGUGGGUUGGGUUCAGUUCUCAAGUCAAGGAAAUGGACACAGUGUUCAAUUCCUAGUUCAUGAGGAAUGACUGUGUACAUAGAUUGAACGUCAAAAGACAAUAAGAAACACUGUUCUGGUAUCCCAAUGUCAAUUGUUUUAGAAAGUCACCUGUGUCUUUGAGAUAAAAUGGCAGAUUUAAGACAAUGGGUUUCAGGUGGUCGACAUAGAGCGAGAUGUUCUCAGUUAUCCUCCCAAUCCCUGACACGAUGGGUCUGCCCGGAGGGUUGUCCAUGUUCUUGUGUAGCUUAGUCACCAUGUAGAACAGGGAGGUGCGGGAUGUUGGAUAUACAAUAACGCUCAUGCUUUUUUAUCUGUGAUGUUGUGAUUGACUGCUUCCACUAACGUCUCUGAUCUGUUCAUUGUAGGUGGAGGUGGGGUAAGAGGCAAGUGGCAUGUAGAAGUUUCGGUCUGACAAUUGUCUUUUGCAUUCAGAAACAUAGUCAACUGUGUUCAAAAUCACUGUUACCCCACCUUUAUCUGCCUGUUGAAUGGUAAUGGUAUGGACUGUAGCUUCUUUAGAGAUUGUAGCUCCUAUUUGCUCAGGUUGGGUUUCUUCAUUCUUUUAUUCUGUUCACACCAAACCUUUACCUUAUCUUCCACAAGGCGGCAGUAUGUUUCUACAGAAUGAUUUCCAUGUUUGGGGAGGGGUGAAGGUACUCUUAGGUUUGAGCCUCACGUCUGGAAAAAAAACUGCCAUAAUCUGAUAGUUCUGAAAAAUGUCUGAAGGUCUACAGAGAUGUUAAAGUCCUUAAUAGGUGCCGUAGGAACAAAAGCCAAACCUGGAUUCAGGAGGGAGACUAUUUGGCUUGUUGUUUGCGUCUGGUGUUGUACCGGUGCGUAAUUCCGUUACCGGUUGCCUCUGCUACUUUUUCUGGUCUCAUCUCCCUGUCCAUUGGUUCGCCAUGCAUUGUGCCGGUCACCCGAUAUGUUGUGCCACUGGCGUCUGUAGUUCGGUAUCUGUUUGUUGUAUGAACGAUGGUUACUAGAGUUUGAGUGAUGCGAGUCCAUGGAAUUGUCACGUACAUCUCGUCUCCCCCAGCUGGGUUGACGGCAGCCCCCAUUAUGACUUCUGUAUUGUGCUCUAGGGCAGACUCUGCUGCCUUGGCUAGUCAAGAGUACACAUAACCCUCAGAGUAAUCUCGUCGGUCCCGGUGGAACUUCUCCUUUUUGCGCUCUCGCAGCUCAUUAUAGGUUUGUGCUGCCUCAUCGUUAAGGUAAUUUAGAGUGCUAGUUAGUUGACCAUCUUUCAAAUGCUCUCCUAAUUGUGUCUCUAUUAGGGUGAGGUCGUCUUUCAGUUUGUUCUCCUUCUUUUGUAGGUAAGAGAUUGUGGCUGCCAUCAACACGAAAGAGCUUCUAUUCAUGGUGUCAGUCCAGGUGUUGGUUAGUUCCUCGUCAUCAGGUAGUCAAAUAAUGUCACCCCAUGUAGAUGGGUUUUUUCCAGUCCUAGUUUGAUGUCUUUCCAUUCAUUCAUCAGAGGGGAAUACAUUUCUUGUCCAUCCUCAGUGACUCCCGCAUAAUAGCAUUUUCAAAGGAGUUAUCGCUUAAAAGGGUGUCCAAAAAUGUAUUGUGGGGAUUGACAUCCCUAUUUACUCCAUGGGCCAUGGUUGGGAGCAAGCCGUCAAAUCUAAUAUGUUAAGAAAUGGAGGGUGCUCAAUCAAUAUGAGUCGUGGUGCAACCAAAAUGUUUUAUCAUAACUGAAAAGGCGCAACGCUCGCUCGUCAUAAAAAAAUAUAUUUAUUUAAGCAAGGUUAAAAUACUAACGUUUCUGCCUUCAUCAGAAUAAUCACUCAAAGGGAAUGUACAAGUUCAUAUAGGGCAUGGGUGUUAAACUCAUUCCAUGGAGGGCCGAGUGUAUGCUGAUUUUCAUUAUUUCCUUUCAAUUUGUGUCCAAUUAAGACCUAGACACCCAGGUGAGGGGAGUUCCUAACUAAUCAGUGACCUUAUUGAUCAAUCAAGUACAAGGGAGGAGCGAAAACCUACAGACACUCGGCUCUCCGUGGAAUGAGUUUGACACGCGAUAUAGGGCACGGGGAACACAAUUAGGGAGAACUCUUCAGCUGGUGGUGCUAAUGAGAGAGGGUGUUGUAGACUAUACAGGUUGGUCCUCAGGGUGAGCGGUGUGGUCAGUGUCUCCACCUAGUGGUAAAAUACAGAAAAGGAAACAGUAAAACAAUUGGAAAGACAGGGUGAGCAUAUUCCAACUGCAGUAGAUAUCAUUUAUGUACAACCAUUACUAUAGAAUACAUGUUGAAUAUGUUAGGUCAGGGGUAUCAAACUCAUUCCAUGGAGGGCCUAGUGUCUGCAGGUUUUUCCUUUCAAUUGAGCCCUUGACAACCAAGUGUGGGGAGUUCCUUACUAAUUAGUGACCUUAAUUCAUCAAUCAAGUACGAGGGAGGAGCGAAAACCUGCAAGACACUCCAUGGAAUGAGUUUGACACCUGGUCUAAGUUUCUGUCCCCAAAAAUUAUUUUUUGUAUUUUCAGCUUUAUAUAUGCUUUUUUUAGCAUUAUACUGUAAUGCAUACUUUUUGGUGGCAGCCAAUUUACUGUGUAAUGACUUCAAUCAAACAAAUUAAGACAUCAAUUAGUGCUGUCUGUAAGCUAGAUUUUGCUCAUAUUUGUCCUUGUUUUGAUGACUAACUCUAGGUCAUGUGGGGGCACCACUGCCAUGUAACCUCAUCAAGCUGGUGGAUGUGGCUGAAAAGAACUACUUUGCUGCCAAAGGAGAAGGAGAGGUGAGUUGAAUGAAGCCUCAAGGAUAUUUUAGGAUAAUCCGUACUUGAACAGGGUCACAGACAGUUGGUCAUCAAGGCUAUAGUGGGUAUCAUAAUUAUUCAUUUUCUUCCGUCACAAAGUUGGAUAGAAAUCGAUUUUUAAUAAUAGACCUACACAAAAUACUCAAUGUCAAAGUGGAAAGAAAAUUCUACAAAUUCAGACAAAUAUAAUGACUAAAAUAUAGUAGCAAAAGUAUUCACCCCUUUUGUUUAGGCAAGACUUUAUUAUUUCAGGAGUAACAUUUGGCUUAACAAAUGACAAAAUAAGUUACAUGGACUCACUCUGUGUGAAAUAAUAUGGGUUGACAUGAUUUUUGAAUGACUACUCCUUCCUCUGUCCUCCAUACAUACAGUACCAGUCAAAAGUUUGGACACACCUACUCAUUCAAAGGUUUUUUCUUUAUUUUUACUAUUUUCUACAUUGUAGAAUAAUAGUGAAGACAUCAAAACUAUGAAAUAACACAUGGAAUCAUGUAGUAACCAAAAAAAGUGUUAAACAAAUGAAAAUAUAUGUUAUAUUUGAGAUUCUUCGAAUAGCCACCCUUUGCCUUGAUGACAGCUUUGCGCACUCUUGGAAUUCUAUCAACCAGCUUCACCUGGAAUGCUUUUCCAACAGUCUUGAAGGAGUUCCCACAUAUGCUGAGCACUUGUUGGCUGCUUUUUCAUCUGAUGCAGCACUCCAUCACUCUCUUUCUUGGUCAAAUAGCCCUUACACAGCCUGGAGGUGUGUUGGGUCAUUGUCCUGUUGAAAAACAAAUCAUAGUCCCACUAAACCCAAACCAGAUGGGAUGGCGAACCGCUGCAGAAUGCUGUGGUAGCCAUGCUGGUUAAGUGUGCCUUGAAUUUUAAAUAAAUCAGAGACCAGCAAAGCACCCCCACACCAAAACACCUCCUCCUCUGUGCUUUACGGUAGGAACUACACAUGCGGAGAUCAUCCGUUCACCCACACCGCGUCUCACAAAGACACAGCGGUUAGAACCAAAAAUCUCAAAUUUGGACUCCAGACCAAAGGACAAAUUUCCACCGGUCUAAUGUCCAUUGCUCGUGUUUCUUGGCCCAAGCGGGUCUUUUCUUUUUGUUGGUGUCCUUUAGUAGUGGUUUCUUUGCAGCAAUUCGACCAUGAAGGCCUGAUUCACAUAGUCCCCUCUGAACAGUUGAUGUUGAGAUGUGUCUGUGACUUGAACUCUGUGAAGCAUUUAUUUGGGCAGCAAUUUCUGAGGCUGGUAACUCUAAUGAACUUAUCCUCUGCAGCAGAGGUAACUCUGGCUCUUCCAUUCCUGUGGCGGUCCUCAUGAGAGCCAGUUUCAUCAUAACGCUUGAUGGUUUUUGCGACUGCACUUGAAUAAACUUUCAAAGUUCUUGAAAUGUUCCGUAUUGACUGACCUUCAUGUCUUAAAGUAAUGAUGGACUGUCACAAUCACAAUUAUAUUCAUUUCAAUCCUAUUUUGUAACGCAACAAAAUGUGAAAAGAUCCAAGGGGGGGUGAAUACUUAUGAUACCCACUGUAUGUACAAUAUGUUAGCAUUUGUUAAAAUGAUAGUUGGGUGCUGAACAUAUUCUCCUUAAUUAUCACUUUGUUUUUCUCCCUCUCCCUCCGAUCAUCCAUUAGGUGUGUGUGAAAGGACCCAAUGUUUUUAAGGGCUACCUUAAAGACCCAGAGAGGACGGCUGAAACCCUGGAUAAAGACGGUUGGCUCCACACAGGAGACAUAGGGAAAUGGUUACCUGUACGUACAAAGGCUUGUCUAUGACUCUUCACUUGCAAAGACAUUUCCUCAAACAUCUCUUUGCCAUCCUUGUACAAUAUCCUAUUUUAGGGUUGAAUCCUAACUUGUGAUCCACAAGUAUCUCAAUUAAAAUGUAAGGUAUGAGCGUAUUUUCAAGUCAGGAUUCAGACCUGUGUUUCCCACUAUCUCCUUAUGACGUUUGCCCUCUCCUCUUCUCUUCUCUCCUCAGAACGGUACACUAAAGAUCAUUGACAGGAAGAAGCACAUCUUUAAGCUGGCCCAGGGAGAGUACAUCUCCCCUGAGAAGAUAGAGAACAUCUAUAUACGCUGUGAGCCCGUGACCCAGCUCUAUGUCCAUGGUGACAGCCUACAGGUGACCUAACCUACCUCCCUAACCACCUCUCUUCCUUAUCACAUCACAACCCAUGGUUCGUUGUUUGAGCAUUAUCAUGAGAGAUGGUCACUGGACCCAGAACCACCUGAACAUACAUAGCCAUCUGUGUCUCCAGACUGUACAUGUACCCUCUAAACCAAACUCAUGCAGUUUUAGUUUUUCUGUUUGUUGCCAGAGGACAUAGAUAAUCUGUCAAUUCAUUAUAUAUUUAGCUCAAUUUGUUUAUAAACCACUUAUCCAGUCAACAAGUCAGUAGUGGCUGUUCUUAAUGCCACAGUUUAUGCUUGACACUGUUUAUAUACAGUUAGUUUGAAAGAGACACAGACUUACUUAGGCCCAUCGCUCCUUUGGAGCAUUGGCCAUCGACGACUCGAUCACACCCUGUUCUAGGCAGAACGUUCCCUCCCAUUACGUAUGUGUGUGUGUGUGUGUGUGUGUGUGGGGGGGGGGGAUAGAUAGAUAGAUAGACAGAUGUCCACAAAUGUCUUGUAAACAAACUAUAGUUUUGGCAAGUUGGUUAGGACAUCUACUUUUUGCAUGACACAAGUAAUUUUUCCAACAAUUGUUUACAGACAGAUUAUUUCACUUAUAGUUCAUUGUAUCACAAUUCCGGUGGGUCAGAAGUUUACAUACACUAAGUUGACUGUGCCUUUAAACAGCUUGGAAAAUUCCAGAAAAUGAUGUCAUGGCUUUAGAAGCUUCUGAUAGGCUAAUUGACAUAAUUUGAAUCAAUUGGAGGUGUACCUGUGGAUGUAUUUCAAGGCCUACCUUCAAAAUCAGUGCCUCUUUGCUUGACAUCAUGGGAAAAUCAAAAGAAAUCAGCCAAAACCUCAGAAAAAUUAUUGUAGACCUCCACAAGUCUGGUUCAUCCUUGGGAGCAAUUUCCAAACUCCUGAAGGUACCACAUUCAUCUGUACAAACAAUAGUACGCAAGUAUAAACACCAUGGGACCACGCAUCCGUCAUACCGCUCAGGAAGGAGACACGUUCAAUCCCAGAACAACAGCAAAGGACCUUGUGAAGAUGCUGGAGGAAACAGGUACAAAAGUAUCUAUAUCCACAGUAAAACAAGUCCUAUAUCGACAUAACCUGAAAAGCCGCUCAGCAAGGAAGAAGCCACUGCUCCAAAACCACCAUAAAAAAGCCAGACUACGGUUUGCAACUGCACAUGGGGACAAAGAUUGUACUUUUUGGAGAAAUGUCCUCUGGUCUGAUCGUUACCUGUAUUAAUGGCACCUGUUUGAACUUGUUAUCAGUAUAAAAGACACAACCUCAAACAGUCACACUCCAAACUCCACUAUGGCCAAGACCAAAGAGCUGUCAAAGGACACCAGAAACAAAAUUGUAGACCUGCACCAGGCUGGGAAGACUGAAUCUGCAAUAGGUAAGCAGCUUGGUUUGAAGAAAUCAACUGUGGGAGCAAUUAUUAGGAAAUGGAAGACAUACAAGACCACUGAUAAUCUCCCUCGAUCUGGGGCUCCACGCAAGAUCUCACCCCGUGGGGUCAAAAUGAUCACAAGAACGGUGAGCAAAAAUCCCAGAACCACACGGGGGGACCUAGUGAAUGACCUGCAGAGAGCUGGGACCAAAGUAACAAAGCCUACCAUCAGUAACACACUACGCCGCCAGGGACUCAAAUCCUGCAGUGCAAGACGUGUCCCCCUGCUUAAGCCAGUACAUGUCCAGGCCCGUCUGAAGUUUGCUAGAGUGCAUUUGGAUGAUCCAGAAGAGGAUUGGGAGAAUGUCAUAUGGUCAGAUGAAACCAAAAUAUAACUUUUUGGUAAAAACUCAACUCGUCGUGUUUGGAGGACAAAGAAUGCUGAGUUGCAUCCAAAGAACACCAUACCUACUGUGAAGCAUGGGGGUGGAAACAUCAUGCUUUGGGGCUGUUUUUCUGCAAAGGGACCAGGACGACUGAUCAGUGUAAAGGAAAGAAUGAAUGGGGCCAUGUAUCGUGAGAUUUUGAGUGAAAACCUCCUUCCAUCAGCAAGGGCAUUGAAGAUGAAACGUGGCUGGGUCUUUCAGCAUGACAAUGACCCAAAACACACGGCCAAGGCAACAAAGGAGUGGCUCAAGAAGAAGCACAUUAAGGUCCUGGAGUGGCCUAGCCAGUCUCCAGACCUUAAUCCCAUAGAAAAUCUGUGGAGGGAGCUGAAGGUUCGAGUUGCCAAACGUCAGCCUCGAAACCUUAAUAACUUGGAGAAGAUCUGCAAAGAGGAGUGGGACAAAAUCCCUCCUGAGAUGUGUGCAAACCUGUUGGCCAACUACAAGAAACGUCUGACCUCUGUGAUUGCCAACAAGGGUUUUUCCACCAAGUACUAAGUCAUGUUUUGCAGAGAGGUCAAAUACUUAUUUCCCUCAUUAAAAUGCAAAUAAAUUUAUAACAUUUUUGACAUGUGUUUUUCUGGAUUUUUUUUGUUAUUCUGUCUCUCACUGUUCAAAUAAACCUACCAUUAAAAUUAUAGACUGAUCAUGUCUUUGUCAGUGGGCAAACAUACAAAUCAGCAGGGGAUCAAAUACUUUUUUCCCUCUGUGUGUGUGUGUGUGUGUGUGUGUAUAUGUGUAUAUAUAUAUAUAUAUAUAUAUAUAUAUAUAUAUAUAUAUAUAUAUAUAUAUAUUACUACCACCAGUCAAAAGUUUGGACACACCUACUCAUUCAAGGGUUUUUCUUUAUUUUUAAAAACUAUUUUUUACAUUGUAGAAUAAUAGUGAAGACGUCAACACUAUGAAAUAACACAUAUGGAAUCAUGUAGUAACCAAAAAAGUGUUAAACAACUCAAAAUAUAUUUUAUAUUUGACAUUCUUCAAAUAGCCACCCUUUGCAUUGAUGACACCUUUGCACACUCUUGGAAUUCUCUCAACCAGCUUCACCUGGAAUGCUUUUCCAACAGUAUUGAAGGAGUUCCCACAUGCUUAGCACUUGUUGGCUGCUUUUCCUUCACUCUGCCGUCCGACUCAUCCCAAACCAUCUCAAUUGGGUUGAGGUUGGCGGAUUGUGGAGGCCAAGGGUGGCUUUUUGAAGAAUCUCAAAUAGAAAAUAUAUUUUGAUUUGUUUAACACUUUUUUGGUUACUACAUGAUUCCAUAUGUGUUAUUUCAUAGUUUUGAUGUCUUCACUAUUAUUCUACAUUGUAAAAAUGUAGAAAAUAGUAAAAAUAAAGAAAACCCUUGAAUGAGUAGGUGUGUCCAAACUUCUGACUGGUACUGUGUAUAUUAACUUCUAAUAUUAAUAUACUAUGUGGUCUGUUACUCUUCCAGUCCUGUCUGGUUGCCAUAGUUGUUCCUGACCCAGAGACGAUGCCUGCUUGGGCCCUGAAGAAAGGCAUGGAGGGGAGCUAUCGGGACCUCUGUAAAAAUACCGUAUGUGAUUUAAAUUAGUCUACAUUCAAUGGUGUGUUUGUUCCAUUUGUUGCCAUGAAGGUGAGGUGUUUAAUAAUUAACUAUGUGUUAUGUGAAUAGACUGACUUAGUCCAAAAGAAAAGGAUUCCUGUUGCACACCAAUAUUUAGUGUAGGUGCUGCCCUUUUAGAGAAAGAUCCCCAGAUUCAACAAAAUGAAAGGGUGCCCUGUUGAACCCCUUUUUGUUAAGAGUUGGGCCCUUUGUUGAAUAGGUUGACAUAACACAAUACAUGGUAUCAUCUUCGAGAGUCAUGGUAUGGUGUCGUGUCUGUGUUUGUGUAAAGGUCCUGAAGAAAGCCAUCAUGGAAGACUUGCAGCGACUGGGCAAGGCCAGCGGCCUCCACUCGUUUGAGCAGGUGGGUGUGUCAAUUGUGAGGUGUUCAUUGGUGGGGGCAACUGAAACUCCGUUUCAACAAAUGACAAGUGUCUGAAAGAGAAUUCGAUAAUGACAAAUAGCUGACCUGACACAGGAUCCUUUCUACAUUUUAUAAUGUAUACAUUCUCUCCUAAGGUGAAAAACAUCUACAUCCAUAAUGAGCAGUUCUCCAUAAAGAAUGGCCUGUUGACUCCCACACUAAAAGCGAAGAGACCUGAGCUGAAGGAGUUUUUCAAGGAGAAGAUCGAAGACCUGUACGAAAACAUCUCCAUG